GAUUUUGUCCAGAGGCGGAAGUGGUACCCAUAGGCCGUUUGCCAUUGCCAUUUGUCGAAGAGGAGGUCUCUUGUUCUCGGUCUCUUUGUCUGGCUUUAGCUAUAUGCGCUGUUAGAUUAUUAUGGCAUGAUGAUGGGAGGCCGGUAGGAGCGCUUUGCUUACAUCCUUCAUGAAUUCACAAUGAACUCUACCAAAGGUCCACCUAGCAGCCGACGAGCGACAAAAACUUUAUCUGCCUCUCAGCAAAAGGCAGUUGAGGAGAAACGACUUCGUGGAGAGCUCUCGUGUGCUGAAUGUAGAAGACUCAAGCUGAGAUGCGAUAGGCAAGUACCCUGUGGAUCAUGUAGUCGACGUGGAUGCGCGUCGAUAUGUCCGUCAGGAGUUCUCGAGGCAGGCGCAGGGCAUGUCCAUCAGGGCGGGAUGAGAGUUGGGCAACUACGAACCAAGAUUGGAAUUAUGGCGAGCCGUAUACGAGAAUUGGAGGCUGCAUUAGGGGAAGGACAUGCUCUACUCGAGGAAAGACUACUCAGGAUUGGACGAAUCGACGAGGAACCACCCGAGGAACCCGGUAGCAUCUCCCAGCUCGAAGGUUUAGGAACACUUACUCUCGGCGAAGAAGGGGAGGCAAGCUAUUUUGGCAGCAGCGGCGGUAACGAGUCUUUGAUUGCACGCGAGAUGAUGCUUCACAGCAACAGCAACGAAGAUGACGACUCUGAUGGGUCCAGUCUGAAUCCUUCUCCCGAGCUGUUUACGGCUGUUGCAGGGUCCAGCGUUUCUGAUGAAGAAGCGAUUUUGCCUUCCGAAGAAGAAGGCCGGAGUCUUGCUCUGGCUUACUGUGCGACCGGUGCUCUUUUCUUCCGUGCUUGGAAACGCGAAGAGUUAUGGGAUGAGGUCAUUCCAAAAGUAUACGGACCAGGUGGUGCAUCUGCUCAUCUUCAAAGCGCUCUCUUUUUCGUGUUUGCAUUGGGUGCCUAUCUAAGCCCAAAGAAAGUAAACGGACUCCAUGAAGAACAGGCCGAGAUAUGGUUUCAGCGCGGUCGCGCUGCUUUCCACAAGAAAGACAAAAAACGCAAUUCUCCAGAGGACACCAUCCGUGCUUUGGGUUUAAUGGGUACUUACUUUUCCAUGGCCAGUCGCCACCAUUCUCGCGAUAGCGCUUGGGCUGCUCUUGCGCUUGCUGCCAAAUUAUGUCAAGGUGCGGGUCUCCAUCGGGAUCCUGCUCGGUGGAAUCUACCUUCCGCUCUUGUCCAGCGCCGACGUGCCCUUUUCUGGGAAGUUUACCAAAGCGAUAUCAGUCAUAGUAUUGCCCUUGGACGACCGCCAACUACCCCUCUUUCCUUUGUCGACUGCGAAUAUCCCGACGAAGAUCCCAUGAGCCACCAGGAUAUCUGCAAUCUCAAAUAUAGAUAUUCUAGAGACGCGUUCAUUCCUAUCAUGGACUUGGUACUCUCCGCUUACCCAACGAAGCGCUCAUACAGAGAAGUCGUUGAGCUCGACGCCAAGAUACGAAAACUUCAGGUGCCCAUACCGCCUUCAGAUAAUGGCCUCAAAACUUUCUUUGCAAAUCAGCUUCUCAAUGCCGUCAUUCUCACACUCCACCGGUCUUACAUGGCAAGGGCCAUUCUUAAUGGCAAAGAAGCUGCUGCAAAGGGUGAGGAUCCGAAUAAACCGUUUGAUCCCUUCGAUUCUGCUCAGACACCCUAUGCGCCUUCGGUCACUGCUGCAUACCAUGCUGCAGAGGAAAUUUCUCGUUCGCUACAUGGGUUCGCCGUGACGGACUCCGAGAUUGCAGGCAGGGUGUGGUUUCUGACAUAUCACGGUUUCAGUGCAGCGCUCGUUUUAGGAGCUCUCGCCUCGCGUGCACCCGGAUCGACAUAUGCCCCCACUGCAAUAAUGACCCUUAGCCUUGUCGUCGACGGCGUCUUCGCGAAAUACGUCCACGUAUCUGCCCGACAUCGAACUGCUUUUGUCAUUCUUCGCCGACUCAAAACUCGUGCGAUAAGACGGUACACGGCAUUUUUGGAAUCCAAAGCUGGGACGCGGAAUGAAAGUGGAAAUCAUGGUGAUGCGGGUGCUGUAGGUAGUCCUGAUGGUGACCCGGGUCAUAUUGGAUUGGGGCCUGGUGCGGUCAACCCAGAUGAUCCCACAUUCCGAAUCAAACUGGAUAGCGAUCCCGAGUCUGAUUUCGAGGAACCAGUACAUCAACGCACACAUCCAAGCGAACCAUCUGCCCCGAGCACGAACGAGAAUGGAGGGCUUGCUACAUUCGAAGGCAAGAUCGCCAUGUUCGGAGGAAAAACGAAUGUACUACUCAGCUCGAAAGGAAAGAAGGGCAAGUCCGGAUUGAAGAGGAAAAAAACUGAAUAUGAGGGUAGUGUUAGUGUCUCAUCGCCGGAAAGCUUAGUGGCUGCAUCUCCAGAGAGUACAACCAGCACGCCCAGCGAUAGUCAGGGUAUAUCGACAACGUCUGCUUCUAUCAUUCAGCAAGGUGGCAGACCCCCCAAUCGUCUCUCGGCGCAAACUCAAGGCUCGGGCUUAACACAGGGUGUGGGUGAGGUGUCCAAUCACAGCAUCGACUCAAUGUCGAUGGAUGUAUUCAUGGCAGAUACCAACAUGCAGGAGUCAAGUACUGACUCUGCCUUUGAUGGAAUGGAGGGUAUUGAAAAUCUCAACGUGGACGCCUUCAGUUUCGGUUACGACAAUUUCGGCACAGAUGCAGGGAGCGGAAUUGUUAUGGGCAUGGCUCUAGAGGAUAUUGGUAUGGGCACGAAUAUGGGUAUGAGCAGUUUUGCACUUGGCUCAUCGCCGGCCAGCACCACCAGUGCGGGCACUUCAGGCUCAACUUCGCUCGGUAGUACAGAACUUCAAUCACAGGAAGGAAGUACAUCGAGUGCGUUCAAUGUGUAUCAGCAGCACUAUGGCGGUGGCUUUGCCGUCCGGACAUCACUCUCACCUGAAGCUUCAGGGUCCUCGCCUCCUACGCAGCAACAGGAACCAGAUGAGGAACAAGAACCGCUUACAGCUACAGCCCAAGCCGCACGAAUGUUUGGAAUGGGAUCGCUCUCAUACCCCUUCUUGACCUCGAACUCGAAUGCGAACAAUACAGAUAUCGGGCAGAGUUAUGCGGCCAGUUCAUCGAAUGAAUACUCGAAUUUAAAUGUGUUUACAACGUACACGAAGCAGCAGCUGGCAGUUGGAUCUGCUCAAGGCCAGCCUCAACCUCCAAAGUCGUCGAAUUCAAUUCAAUCCUCCACAUCAUACCUACAGCAGCAGCAGUCGCAGCCCACGACAUCAUCCAACUCCCCUACAAACUACAACUCCGCAAGUUUCGACCCUCCCACAAAUUCACAAACAGGUCACUCUCAUCCUCAGUCACAAAAUACGUCCUCCCUUACAUCAUCCUUUGCCCCCUCGAGUUCUGUGUCGCCGUUACUCGGCGACCCGGCGCAGCUAUAUGCCCGCUUCGCAGAAUUCAUGUCACAGAAAGCCGCAAGCUCACCUCAGCAUACGCAACAGACACAGACGAUGAGCCAAAUACCACAAGAGGCUCAGCAGCAACGGCAGAAUGUGCAAGGAUAUACGCCGGUAUCUAAUUCGUACAACUACUACGGCUUUGCGGGUAACGCUAAUGGGUACUUCGGUCCGAGUGGCCCUCAGUCCAUGAAUACCAAUCCAAAUCCGAAUAGUCAAGCUACGGACUUUGAAUACAACGCCGAUUUCGAUGCGUUUCUGAGGUCGUUUCGGACUCCGGAUGCGGGGAUAGGAUCUACACUGACAGGAGGGGGAGAGUACGUGCUGCCGUAUGGACAGAUGUAUGGGCAGUGGCAGGAUCAGACUCACAGUGGUGGGACAUGAUCAUUAUUCAUAGGUAUAUUAUGAGGACUGGAUGCCUUCAUCUUCAUUCCUGUUUAGUCGUUUGUAUAUCGCUUUGCUAUCUUGUAUUGCUAAUGUUUCUAUACGUUAAUCUGUCAUACUAAUAUCUUGG